AGCAGAAAGUGUCAUUUCAUCAGUUUCAGAAUUGCAUAAUAGAAAGGUAUCACCAACAACUAGAGCUCUUACAUUGAGAUGACACAAAAUAGAUCAAAUCAAUACAACUGAUCGAAGUGGCCAGGCUGUAAUUGUUUUGUGACAAGAUAGUUGGUAUAUGGAAACUCUUAAACCAAAGAAGUAUGUAUGUUUGGAUAAGUUAUGUUUACAGUUCGUUGAAUCUCUUUCCAUGAAAAUUUAGUGCAUGUAAACAUCUCAGGGACAAACGAACCCUCAUACAGUAGUUCUAGCAAGUAAAUAUUAGCUUGUGUUGAGUGAUAAAUUAUGCUAAAUAAUAGUGCAGUGAGAAAUUCAUCAAUUUAAAAUUGCUACUGUUUAAGUAUCAAACGCAUAAGUAUGUAUUUAUUUACUAUGCAUAAAUUAAAUCUACCCGUUGAACUCCAGUUUUAAUUGUGAAGGCAAAUCCUAUAAACGAUACAUACGCACAGUACUGUUGAUAAAAAUGGACAUCAAUGAGAAAACGUGCUUAUUGAAUAAAGGCAAAUUUACGGGAUACACUUCAAAUAAGGACACGCUUAACCCUACAAUUGUCCCGUUCUCUACAACCUUCUCUGGCAAUCAAGGCGACGGGAAAUUGACAAUCACAGAGCCUAUCACAUACACCUGGAAUAAUGUAAAUGUGUGGGUAGGUUCGGGCAGUCAAAAUGGGAAUGAAAAAAAUGAUGUCGAUAUGGAAAGUGGUAUCUUCAACUGUUUUAACAGGAAGAAGAACGGAGUGGUUUCAAAGCAAAUUCUUAGAAAUGUAACUGGGAUCGUUCGACCUGGUGAACUGUUGGCCAUUAUGGGCGCUUCAGGUGCUGGAAAAACAACAUUAUUGAACCAAUUGACCUUUAGAAACACUGGCAAGCUCAAAAUGAGCGGAGAAAUAAAGAUCAAUGGCGUGGCUGUGUCUCCAGACAUAAUCACAUCCGUUUCCGCUUAUGUGCAACAAGAAGAUCUGUUUAUCUCAACAUUGACCGUGAGAGAGCACCUCGUGUUCACGGCUCUAGUCAGAAUGGAUAAACACCUGACCUACAAACAGAGGAUGCAAAGGGUAGACAGCGUUAUUCAAGAGUUGGGGCUUACAAAAUGUGCUGAGACAAUAAUUGGUAUGCCAGGACGAGUGAAAGGCAUUUCCGGAGGAGAAAUGAAAAGAUUGGCCUUCGCAUCUGAGGUAUUAACAGACUGCCAAUUAUGGUUCUGUGAUGAGGUUACCAGCGGGCUAGAUUCUUAUAUGGCUUCGAAUGUUAUCGAAUUACUGAAAGAAAUGGCAAGUAAAGGAAAAACAAUAAUCUGCACAAUCCAUCAACCGUCAUCUGAAGUGUACGCAAUGUUUGACAGAGUUUUACUAAUGGCGGAAGGCAGAAGUGCAUUUUUAGGAGAUGCCAAGGAAGCUGUUGAAUUCUUUAAACUUCAAGGAUAUCCCUGCCCUCCAAAUUAUAAUCCAGCAGAUUUUUUUAUUCAAACACUGGCGAUUCAAUCUGGAAUCGAAGAGGAAUGUUUAAAAAAUGUGAGACAAAUCUGCAACUCUUUCGAUUCUAGUGAUACUGCACGAGCAAUUAAGACUAGUGUAGAAGAAAUUCCACCUCAAAACGUGGAGUUUUUUGAAAUGCAAGCAGCCAUGAAAAGUCGUUCUCCAUAUAAAGCAUCUUGGGUGGCACAAUUUCGAGCAGUUCUAUGGCGUAGUUGGAUGUCUAUGAUUAAGGAGCCAAUGGUUAUACGAGUACGGCUAAUCCAGACUUUGGUAAUUGCCCUCAUUCUAGGUGCCAUAUAUUUUGGCCAAGAAUUGGAUCAAAAAGGCGUAAUGAAUUUGAACGGUGCUCUUUUUCUUUUCCUCACAAACAUGACUUUCCAAAAUGUGUUUGCUGUGAUUAACGUGUUCUGUGUGGAGUUACCAAUAUUUUUACGUGAACAUUUUAAUGGCAUGUAUCGGACUGAUGUCUACUUUUUGUCGAAAACGCUAGCGGAAGUGCCACUCUACAUUCUCUUCCCUUUCGGCUUUAUAUCAAUUACGUAUUACAUGGUGGGGUUUAAUCCAGACUUCGACCGUUUCUUAAUCGCCUGUCUCGUGGUAGUUCUCGUAGCAAAUGUUGCAUGUUCAUUUGGUUACAUGAUAUCCUGCAUCAGCGGCUCUGUGACGAUGGCAUUAAGUUUAGCCCCUCCAUUAAUUAUCCCCUUCAUGCUGUUUGGGGGAUUCUUCUUAAACAAAGGUUCUAUACCAGUAUACUUUGUUUGGCUGAGAUAUCUAAGUUGGUUCAAUUACGGAAAUGAAGCUCUAGCCAUAAACCAAUGGAGAGGUGUGGAUGACAUUAAAUGUGAUGUUUCAAAUUUAACGUGUCCGAGAAAUGGAGAUGUAAUUUUGGAAACUCUGAACUUUGAGAAAGAUAACUUGACAAUAGACAUUGUCAGUUUAGUCGCCUUGCUAAUCGGUUACAGGGUCAUUGCCUUCAUCGCCCUAUUGGCUAAGACUUACAGGAAGACCUGAAUAUUUAUUAUUUUGGUAUAUUAUUUAAAUGCCCCACUGUAAAUUAAUGCUCUCAAUCAUGGUGAUUUUGGCAAUCUUAAAAAGUUGUAAGUUGACAAAAAUGAGAAAUAAUAAAUGUGAUUUUUAAUA